UAGAGCACAGCGGAUGAUUUAAUUUCGUAUCGUAGGUUUAUACUGUUUUUGUUUGUAUAGCAGUGUUUUACGCCAUGUGAAUUAAAAUUGCUCUUAAAAGGAGCUUUUUCCGCUUUGACGAACAACAUAAUUCAAAAGAUUAUGUAAUUUAAAAGAGUAUAAAUAAUGGAAGAAAUCUUGAAACUUCAACAAUUCAAACCUGAGAAAUUAGUGGAAUUAUGCCGUAUGCAUUUAACUUUCACACUAGACCUUCACGAUGAUGAAUUUUCAGCUUUAAUGGAUAGAGGCAAUGGAAAGAAAAAGAACCGAGGUUAUUUAAGUCGGCUUCUGAAAGAAAAGCCUGUAUUAGAAACAAUGCCAUUAAAUCAAGAAACUAUUUCUCAUGUCUACCAGAUUAUUGAAUUUUUAGGCAGAGAAAUAAAUGUCCAUAAAGAAGGUUUGUUUCGCAAAACGGGAAGUUUUGCUAGGCAGAAUGAACUUAAAAUGUUACUUAGGCUGGGAGAAAAUAUUGAUUUUAGUGCUUGUGCUUACACUGUUCAUGACUGUGCGUGUGUGUUAAAAAGUUUUUUGGCUGAAUUACCUGAACCAUUGCUGUCAGAGGCUCAUUAUUCUGCACACUGCCAAAUCACAGAUAUGAAUCUUAACAGCACGUCAUCUAGUCAAGCGAAAACUAUAUAUGAAAGGCAGCUAAAGGCAACUAAACUUCUACUUUUAUUACUACCUCCUGACAAUUACUGUCUCCUGAAAUAUUUGCUCCUUUUGUUGAAUCAAAUACAAAACGCUCAGGAAAAAAACAAGAUGACAUCUGAAAAUCUUGCUACCUUAUUUGCACCUCAUAUAAUUUGUCCUAGGAAAAUGUUACCAGCAGAUUUCAAACAGAAUUUUCCUCGCAUGGUUAAAUGUAUUACAUUUCUAAUUGAUAAUGCUACGGUUCUUUUUGACCCUCCCCAAGAACUUGUACAGGACGUUUUAAUCUACUUAAAGGAGAUGUCAUAUGAAGGCCCAUUGCAAUCUGAAAAUCAUGAGAGUGAUCCCAUCAAGACCAUGAUCACAUUCUGUGAAAGAAGCAACUUAGUUCAACCAGAUUCUGCUGAUUACACUAAUAAAGCAUUGUCAGAGUUGAAAGCUUAUAUAGAAGCCAUGCCUAAUUCUGCAAGAAAAAGAAAGUUCGUCAAAAAGUUUCAGAAAGAAAAUAAUAUUGAAAUCAUAUGUGAACCGCGGAGGAAACAUUUCAGAAGCCGGUCUGUUGGAGAUGCGAUCAAACGGCAUAUUUUGAAAGGCUCAAGUAAGAAAAAAGAAGAAAUAGAGUUUCGCCAUUCCAGUUAUGAAGUGGUUAUGGCCAUGUCUAAAUCAACUGAAUCAAUCCCUUCUCCAAAAAAAUCUACCUCAGUAGAUGCCCUAUAUUUAGAAGAAAAGGACUCCAAAUUUUCAGACCUGAGAAAGAAUUUUCUGAGAUCUUCAAGGAAAAAAGUGCAAAAACUUGUAAAACCGGACAGAACUGCAUUUUGAAAAUGCAGUUUUAAAGUAUUAUUGUGGGAGGGAAAAAAAAAAGAAAAAAAAAGAAAAAGAAAAAGGUUUUAGCUCUUUGUGAGUUAAAUAUAUUCAUUUGACAUCUAUAUAAAAUUCUAGCUAGGUAUAAAUGCUUCUCUUGAUAUUUUCAGAUAAAACCACACAUUAAAUUGUUGCAAACGGUAAUGUAAGUAAAUGUAUGUAAUUAUUUUUUAUAAUAAAGUGAUUUAAAUUUGCAUUGUUUCA